UAGCGCGCGCUGACGCUAGACGCUCAUCCCGCUCCUCCAUUCAUCGUGGAGUCUAACCUUCUGAUUACAUGUCUCCGCCCGCGUUGAGAACUUGAAGGUUUCCCCAGACCGACAUGUCAGGUUCAACCUCCCCGCCUGCCCAAACAGAAGCGAUGGGAACAGAGGGAUGUUUUCCCCCUGGGUACAAGCCUUUCAACCCCGAGGAACACGGCUUGGAGCGAGGCUUUCGUCUAACUGCCUAUUCGGACUUGAAAGGAUGAGGCUGUAAGGUCCCGCAGGAGGCUCUGCUCAAACUCCUGGCGGGACUCGAGUCACACCGGACCGACGGGCCAGGGAAGGACGGAGACAACGCAUCUGAGUUCGCGCAACAGUUGCCCGCCGGCCCUCGGCUUGGAGUGGGAAUGGACUGCUGUGUGAUCCCUCUAAGGCACGGCGGGCUGUCUUUAGUCCAAACAACAGACUUCUUUUACCCACUUGUGGAGGAUCCCUACAUGAUGGGCAAGAUUGCUUGUGCCAAUGUCCUCAGUGAUCUCUACGCCAUGGGCAUCACUGAGUGCGACAACAUGCUGAUGCUGCUCAGUGUUAGCCAGAAGAUGAAUGACAAGGACCGCGAGCGCGUCAUGCCGCUCAUGAUUCGAGGAUUCCGCGAUGCUGCCGAGGAGGGAGGGACUUCGGUGACAGGCGGCCAGACGGUGAUCAAUCCAUGGAUCAUUGUAGGGGGAGUGGCCUCGGUUGUUUGCCAGCCCAACGAUUUCAUCAUGCCAGACGGUGCUGUCCCAGGUGACGUCUUGGUCCUCACAAAGCCUUUGGGGACACAAGUGGCUGUUAAUGCUCACCAGUGGCUCGAGCAGCCUGAUCGGUGGAACAAGAUCAAGCUUGUCAUCACCAAGCAGGAAGUGAAAGAGGCCUAUCAGGAAGCUAUGUUUUCAAUGGCAACACUCAACCGUACAGCGGCAGGUCUUAUGCACAAGUUCCAGGCCCACGCAGCAACAGACGUGACAGGCUUUGGUUUGCUGGGGCACGCCAUCAAUCUGGCAACACAACAACGCAACGAUGUGGCCUUUGUCAUCCAUAACCUUCCCAUCAUAGCCAAAAUGACUGCUGUCAGCAAAGCAUGCGGAAACAUAUUCAAUUUGGUUCAGGGCACAUCAUCCGAGACAUCCGGUGGGCUGCUGGUUUGUCUGCCCAGAGAGCAGGCCGCCAAAUUUUGUUCAGAGAUGAAGAGCCAAAGCUCGGGGUCUGGAGGUCAGGGCGCCUGGAUCAUUGGAAUUGUAGAGAAGGGAGACCGUCGCGCUCGCAUCAUCGACAAGCCACGUAUCAUUGAGGUUCCACCACGAGGAAGCCAAGUGGCCAAUCAGGAAAACAACUCUGCCAGCCCUUUGCCUGGGCCCAAUUCGUCUUAAACCGGGUGUUUAUGAAUGUGCGUGUGUGUGAGAAUGUCGAGGAUGCUGCCCGUCUCUUCUGGAAAGCACAGAUCAUCACUUUCAUUUUUCUCCGUCGUAGUUGGUCAAAUGGACAAAUGACCUUGUCAGAUAUCAAGCUGUACUAAGAGCUCAAUGUCAGACUCAUUUUACAAACGGUCAUCUUCAGUAUUUGGAAAGAAUGCCAAAUAAGUAAAUGAAGAAAAUAACAUUCCAAAUCAUCCUUGACAAAUCCACAGGUGAAAAUGAAUAUCCAACGGAAGUGUGCGUGUUUAUGUAUGGAUUGUUUUUAUGUGACGUGGGCCGCUGUGUUUUGUUGGCUUGAUUUGAAUAGGGGAUGAAAUUAACGUAUCAUGAAUGAAUUUCUUCCACAAAUGGAGUUGUGCGUCUGUCUGGCUCAGACAUUACAGUCCAGAGGAAGGCUUGAGCAGCUUCGUCUGGACAAGUGGUGCCAGGUACAGAUGGCUUUUUUUAGCUGGUUGGUCGUCCAGCGCCAAGUCAGUCACAUUCUUCCAAUUUAUGAAACUCUGCCUUACAAACCCCAGCCAAGGGGCUGGGUGGAGUGGAUGUCUGUCACUGGAAGGGUGAGGCAGACUUGGUUUGCUGGAUUUGCUAGAUUUCCUGCUUUUCACAAUCAGUAAUAAAAAAACAUUCAAUUUG